AUGCGGCGUCCUCGCUAUAGUCGUCGUCGCGCGGGCGCGGCGGCAGGGGUGGCGGCGAGGGCGGCGGCGGGAAAGCCGCUGGCGAAGUGGGAGGAGGACCUGCGGGACGGGCUGUUCCGCAAGUACUCGCUGGACGAGAUCCGCGCCGCCACGUGGGGCUUCAGCCGCGGCAACUUCCUGGGCGAGGGCGCGUUCGCGACGGUGUACCGCGGCGUGGGGCAGUCGGGCGCGCAGUGGGCGGUCAAGCGGUCCAAGACGGCGCUGCCGCCCGGGUCGUCGGGCGCGGGGGACUUCGAGAAGGAGGUGAUGACGAUCUCGCGGCUGUCGCACAAGAACCUGGUGCGGCUGCUGGGGUACUGCGUGGAGGACGCGGAGCACAUCCUCGUCUACGAGUACGUGCCCGGCGGCACGCUCUCCACCGCGCUCGCGCGCAAGGGCCCGCCGUACCUGACGUUCAGGGAGCGGCUGAGCAUCGCGCUGGGCACGGCGGAGGGGCUGCAGUACCUGCACACGGCGGCCGUGCCGCCCGUGAUCCACCGCGACAUCAAGCCCGACAACAUCCUGCUGGACGCGCGCAUGCGCGCCAAGGUCGCGGACUUCGGGCUGCUCAAGUACAUCCUGGAGGGCAAGGACGGCGCGGUGACGGGCGAGAUGGAGUCGCUGUACACGCGCGUGGCGGGCACGCCGGGGUACCUGGACCCCGAGUACCACUGCACGGCCAAGGUGACGGUGAAGGGCGACGUAUACAGCUUCGGCGUGCUGCUGCUCGUGCUCUUCACCGGCCAGCGCGCCAUCAUCGCGCCCUCCAGCCUCAUGUCCCUCGGCGCGGGCGGGGGGUCCGUGGGGAGCGCAGGCGGGGCGCCAGGCCAGUUGGACGGCGGAAGCAGGCCGGGGGAGGGCAGUCGGACCCCGGAGAGCCGCCGGAGCGAUUCACGCGGCGGCGGAGGGGGGGGGAGCGACGGGUCGCCGGCGCAGGGGUCGGAGGGCGCGGAGUGGCAGUCGGGGCCCGUGCACAUCUCGGCGUGGGUGGGUCCGCUGGUGCAGGCGAAGAUGGUGGAGCGCGUGGCGGACCCCAACCUGGGCGGCCACUACGACCGCGCCGUGCUGCUCCGGGUGCUGCAGGUGGCGCUGCAGUGCAUCCGCGCGUCGUCCAAGGCGCGCCCCGACAUGUCCACCGUCGUGCGCUGGCUGGCGGACCUGCGCGAGCAGGACGCGCAGCAGGAGCGUGCAGCGCUGGCGGCGUCGUGCGGAGAGGCGAGCGAGGAGGGCGAGGGGUCGGAGGGGUCGGGGUUCGGUGCGGAGAAGCUGUGGCGCGCGCCGUGGCUGCUGGAGGAGAGCGGUGAGAGGGGCAGCGCGGCGAGCACGCAGGGCCGAGAGCAGUCGGCGGUCGAGCCUUCCAUGGCGAGUAGCGUGCCGGAGGAAAGCUAUGAGGCGAGUGUGGAGUGGAGUGCGGUGAAGAGGGGUGAUGAAGACAGUGCCUGGUCGGAUGUGCAGCCAUCACAAGGCGCCCCUCUCUCACCCCCUGCUGUUCAUGCUGCUGCUGCUGCGCCCAGUGCAGGCCCUGUGGCACGGCUGGCUGCAUCGUCGGGCGCAGCAGGGUAUGCGACGGGGUACUAUGACUCGGGCGUGCUGCCUGCACCCCUGCCGCACCCACAGCACUCCGAGGUGACGCAGUCUGAAGUGACGCCAAGAUAA